UUGAAAUAGGGCUUUUGCUGCCAGUUUCCCAACAAAAUCUGAUCUGACUGUAAGUAAACAAAGGUCUGAACCCCUCUCACUAUGAAAGAGCUGCAUCCCCAGAGGGUGUGUCCAGGCAUCUCUAUAAAAGGAAGCACCAAGAUGAGAUGCUCACGUAUUUGUUCACCUCGCCCUGUGCUGUCCCUUGAGCUAAGUAUGGCCACGGUGAAGGUUUUGCUGCAGUACCUGAGCACUAGUUCGCUGCUCUGUUUGGCAGGCGGACUGGUGGCUUUCAUUUAUUUUUUGACCCGCUCCAAAAAGUCAAUUUGCAGUUUGCCUCCUGGGCCACCUCCCCUUCCUCUCAUCGGGAAUUUGAAUGUGGUGGAUCUGAAAAAGCCGUUCCAGUCGCUGAUGGAGCUCUCGGAGAAGUACGGCAACAUAUUCACUGUACAUUUUGGACCCAGAAAGGCAGUGGUGCUGGCUGGUUACGAGACCAUUAAGGAUGCCCUUUUAAAUCAUGCUGAAGAAUUUGGAGAAAGGGCAGAAAUACCCAUAUUUAGGAAGACAACACAUGGAAAUGGCAUAGCCUUCAGUCACGGAGAGUUAUGGAAAACAAUGCGAAGAUUCACCUUAUCUACCCUACGGGACUUUGGAGUUGGAAAGAAAACCAUUGAAGUGCGAAUUUUUGAUGAGCUAAAUUUCCUCAUUAACUAUUUUGAAUCUCACCAGGGGAAACCCUUUGAUACAAAGGUGAUACUGAACAGUGCUGUAUCCAAUGUCAUAUGCUCUAUAUUGUUCGGUGAGAGGUUUGAAUAUGAAGAUCCCAUAUUUCUAACAUUGCUGAAAUUGUUAAAUGAAAAUACCAAAUUGCUGGGCUCUCCUAUGGUACAGUUAUAUAAUUUCUACCCAUCUCUUGGAUUUCUGUUUGGAGCCCCAAAGACCGUGCUACGAAAUGUAGAUGAGCUGAAUGCCUUUCUGGAGACGUUCUUUAAGGAACACAGGCAGGAGUUUAAUGAAAACAACUUAACAGGUUUUGUUGAUGCGUUUCUGAUGAAGCAACAGCAGGAGUCGAGAAAUUCUCACACACAUUUUCACAAUGAGAAUCUUCUGUUCUCAACGCUGGACCUCUUUGCUGCUGGCACUGAGACUACAUCUACCACUGUCCGUUGGGGUCUUCUUCUGAUGAUGAAAUACCCAGAGAUUCAGAGAAGGAUUCAGGAAGAAAUGGAUCAGGUCAUUGAGCCAGGACAAAUGCCCAUGCUGGAGGACAGGAAAAAACUGCCUUACACUGAUGCAGUGAUACAUGAAAUACAAAGGUUUUCCAAUAUUGUCCCAAUGAGUGUAUCGCGUUCAACUUCCACCGAUGUAAAUUUCAGGGGUUAUAUGAUCCCAAAGGGAAUAGAAGUGAUUCCUCUGCUGACCUCAGUUUUGAAUGACAAAUCGCACUGGGAGACACCAGAUCAGUUCAACCCUUCCCACUUCCUUGACGCUGACGGGAGCUUUACUAGGAAGGAGGCAUUUAUACCAUUCUCCAUAGGACGAAGGGCUUGCGUUGGAGAAGGACUCGCCAAAAUGGAACUUUUUCUCUUCUUUGCGGGUUUGCUCCGGAAAUUUAUUUUCCAGCCCCCUCCAGGGGUGGCGAAGGCCGAUCUAGAUCUCACUGCUGACGUUGGCUUUACCUUAAACCCAAUGCCCCAUCUGAUUUGUGCUGUGCCCCGUGAAUAA